AACGCGAGCUCGCGGCUCCUCGGCCCUGGCUCAGCGAUGGUGUGUUAUUUGCGCCUGCGCAGAGGAGCACGUGUCCCGGAAGCACUCCCUGUCCCACAGCGGCUCCCAGACUCAGCCUGGUGGGAACGGGCCCGGCACGCUGCGUUACCGGCCGGUUUCCUGCGCCGCUGCCGCCUUCCCCCCGCCAUGUCCCGAGGCUCCAGCGCCGGCUUCGACCGCCACAUCACUAUCUUCUCCCCCGAGGGCCGCCUCUACCAAGUAGAAUAUGCUUUUAAGGCUAUUAACCAGGGUGGCCUUACAUCAGUAGCUGUUCGUGGGAAAGAUUGUGCAGUAAUUGUAACACAGAAGAAAGUACCUGACAAGUUAUUGGAUUCCAGCACAGUGACUCAUUUAUUCAGAAUUACUGAAACUAUUGGAUGUGUAAUGACAGGAAUGACAGCUGACAGCAGGUCUCAGGUUCAAAGAGCCCGCUACGAGGCUGCUAACUGGAAAUACAAGUACGGCUAUGAGAUCCCAGUGGAUAUGCUGUGUAAACGGAUUGCAGAUAUUUCUCAGGUCUACACACAAAAUGCUGAAAUGAGGCCUCUUGGUUGCUGCAUGAUACUGAUUGGUAUUGAUGAAGAACAUGGCCCUCAGGUAUACAAGUGUGAUCCUGCAGGUUACUAUUGUGGGUUCAAGGCCACAGCUGCAGGAGUCAAACAAACAGAGUCAACCAGCUUUCUUGAAAAGAAAGUAAAGAAGAAAUAUGACUGGACGUUUGAACAGACAGUAGAGCUUUCAGUGCUCCUGGCCUGUUACUGCAGAGUCAUCAUUGCCAUUUUAAGUGUGGUGGUUGCUCAGGACCCUGCAUUGUGGAAGCCAGGAAAUCCUGUCACAUCAGUUUGUAGUUGUCAUAUUGGAUUUGCUGUCUGAGGAGCAAGUCACUGAAGAUGGUUUUGAAGGUUUUUAAACCAACCUGCAUGCUAGAAAGCACUUUAAAAUAGGAAGUUACUAUAUUCUAGGUAGUUAUGUAGCACCAGUGCUGACAGUUGGUGUUGUAGUGGUGCAGAUGCUUUUUGCAGCAGCAACAUUAGAAUCAUCUUGGUCAAGGAUGCAUCUCUAAUGGAGAUGUAUAUCCAUAGGGCUACUGGUAGAAGCCUUGAUAGGAAGAUACUGACUUCCUGAUCCUCCAAAUUUGGCCUGUUAGAGGGGCAAGGUACUAAAAGUGUAGUUGUGCCAGAGAUUAUAGUGCUAUUUUUCAGUGAGGGAAGUGGUGAGUUUACUACGCAUUUUAGGGCAGAUUUUAAAAUUACUGUCUGUAAGUCAGUUGGGGGUUUGGGUGUGCUUGCAUGUGGGGGUUCCAGUUGUAUUUUUCUUUCCUCUGAAACUGACCACAAAACAAAUAGCUCCUAAAAAUAAGUUACGGAAACUAGUAUGUCCCCACUGAGCAUCAGUCCCACUGCACUCGAUUUCUUGUACAUGGAUACUAUUUAUCCUGCUUUUCCACUGAAGGAAAGAUGAAGGGCCAGGAAAACACCAUGAUCCUAGCACUAGCACUGCAGAGUGUGGCUGGGUAUAGCAAUGCACUGUCUGACUCCUGUGAUACUCCAUUCAGCAAUUGUAUUCCUAUUAUUGCAUAUGUGUACAUGUAGUAAGUAUAAUGCUAGCUAUUAUGGAAAUUAUCAUUCAAGACACAGCCUUAAUAUGUAAACUACUUAUAAAAUAAGCUAACACUAUCUUGUGUUAAUUUUCCUUACUGUUUCAGCUAAACGUAAGAGAUUUGAGUUUAAACAAUCCUCUUCAUGGCCCAUCUAUUUCUCCUGUAUGAUCUUGUUCUUAAGUCAUAAUGCUGAUCUUGUGAUACACCAAACACUGCAGUCACAAACUAUAAUAACCUUAAAAUAAAAUCUUCCACUGCAGGAUUCAACAGGAGAUGGCUUAUUUAAAUACCAGAUGCAUGUUUAGAAAUG